AUGGAGCUGGGAGGCGACCCUGCCAAGGCAGUCCCGUACCUGCCCAAGGAUAAGCAGUUCCUUAUCACUCGCAAAGUCCCCUGUUUGAUGCGCGCCGCUGCGCUGGAGAAGUCUGCCAACGAGGCGCAAAAUCAGGACAUAGUGAUCGAUGGUGAUGAAGGUUGGGUGGAAACGCAUGUCGGCUUUGCCAAGGAUGAGCCCACCGAGAUUCCCGAGAUUCCUACCGAAGAGGAAGCAGCGCAGGCCUCGAAGAAAGAUUCCGAGCCGACGGGAGGCGAUGAGGAAGAAGAGAUUCCAGACAUGGAGGAGUUCGAUGACGGUGACAACCUCGAAGACGAAGAUCCGUCGGCACUGGCGAAGGAGCCCGAGGAUUCUGACUUGAUCCUGAAGACGCGCACGUACGAUAUCUCCAUCACCUACGACAAGUACUACCAGACGCCCAAGGUGUGGCUGUUUGGCUACGACGAGAAUGGCAACGGCCUGACGCCGAACCAAGUGUUCAUGGACAUCAGUCAGGACCACGCGCAGAAGACAGUCACCAUCGACACUCACCCACACAUGCAGAUCAUCCUUAGGCAGGCCGAGUGCGGCAAGGAGUCCCGCGUCGACCAGUACCUGUUCUUGUUCCUCAAGUUCUUGUCGGCGGUCAUCCCCACCAUCGAGUACGACUACACCAUGGAGAUGGAGAGCUGA